CCCCCAGCCAACAUGAGUUACACCGGCGAUUACGUGCUUUCGGUGAGAACACCGAGUGACGAUCUGUUGCUUCCCCUGAGGUGGCUACAAAGAAAGGAAGCCGGGGAGGGAGGGGGGUGGAAAAAGGAAAGGGGAAAAAAAAAAAAAAAAAAAAAAAAGGCCCGGACCAGCUCGCAGCUUGUCAAUUUCAACAUCGGGUCACAUGACCAGCACCUCCCUGCUAAGGAUGGGGAUAGAUUUCCACGUCAGCUUACGUCUCCAAAUUUCUACUUCACGGAUCCGCUUCAAAGAGGCAGCUGCAGUGGAGAAUCAUGUUAAGCUCGGCUACUGCGGAGAGCCCAAGGUAGCCCAAUGAUGGAUUUUGAUGAGCGUGGUCCUUGCUCCUCUAACAUGUAUUUGCCAAGUUGUACUUACUACGUCUCGGGUCCAGAUUUCUCCAGCCUCCCUUCUUUUCUGCCCCAGACCCCGUCUUCGCGCCCAAUGACAUACUCCUACUCUUCCAACCUGCCCCAGGUCCAACCCGUGCGCGAAGUGACCUUCAGAGAGUACGCCAUUGAGCCCGCCACUAAAUGGCACCCCCGCGGCAAUCUGGCUCACUGCUACUCCGCGGAGGAGCUGGUGCACAGAGACUGCCUGCAGGCGCCCAGCGCGGCCGGCGUGCCUGGCGACGUGCUGGCCAAGAGCUCCGCCAACGUCUACCACCACCCCACCCCCGCCGUCUCGUCCAAUUUCUAUAGCACCGUGGGCAGGAACGGCGUCCUGCCGCAGGCUUUCGACCAGUUUUUCGAGACGGCCUACGGCACCCCGGAAAACCUCGCCUCCUCCGACUACCCCGGGGACAAGAGCGCCGAGAAGGGACCCCCAGCGGCCGCAGCGACCUCCGCGGCGGCGGCGGCGGCGGCAGCGGCAGCGGCCACGGGCACGGGCACGCCGGCAACUUCAAGUUCGGACGGCGGCGGCGGCGGCGGCGGCUGCCGGGAGGCGGCGGCGGCGGCGGCGGCGGAGGAGAAGGAGCGGCGACGGCGCCCCGAGAGCAGCAGCAGCCCCGAGUCGUCUUCCGGCCACACUGAGGACAAGGCCGGCGGCUCCAGUGGCCAACGCACCAGGAAGAAGCGCUGCCCCUACACCAAGUACCAGAUCCGGGAGCUGGAGCGGGAGUUCUUCUUCAGCGUCUACAUCAACAAAGAGAAGCGCCUGCAGCUGUCCCGUAUGCUCAACCUCACCGACCGUCAAGUCAAAAUCUGGUUUCAGAACAGGAGAAUGAAGGAAAAAAAGAUUAACAGAGACCGUUUACAGUACUAUUCGGCCAACCCGCUCCUCUAAGGCUCCAGCCAGCUGGAAUUGGGUGGGGGGCUUCAUACAUGGGAGAUUAUAUGCAGAUUUUGCCCUUGACAAGGUCAAGGCACGUGGUGACUUUUGAAGAAGAGAGAUGUGCAAAAGAGGGGAGGCUGCAUGGAGACAGCCUCUAAGAAGGCGGCCCCGGGACUCUCUUGGGCAUCUGUGGUUAAGAUUCCUAACAGAAAUUGG